CACCUGGCAGAGCUUCUGAACACUCACCCAAUGCCUCCAGAAAAGCGACAGCAACAAGGCUGCUAGCUCUUAGAGGAUGUCGACAUCUUCUGAAAAUGGCUCUCUGAAUCAGCGAGUGAGACGCAACUGCAACUUCAAACCUGUGCGCACACUCUGAUUCUGAGCUAUUCAUUCAGUAACCGUACACCAUGUGAGACCCUCCUCUUCAGAGUCUCUUCCUUUCCACUGUUCAACACGUGGACAAUGUUAACUGCGUUGUCAAUUUUCGUCUGCAAAACUAGGAGCUAGCAAAAGAAACUGUCGUUUUUUUUUUUUUCUCCUGUUUAAGUAUUGUCUUUGUUUUUUUCUCCCGUGUAAGUAUUUAAGUGCGCAGUAGCUUCUAUUUCUCCCUCUGUCGAACAACAAUCACUUCUGUGUGUUAACCAGUCCCUGUUCUUGUCCGUUCUUGCAGCUGCAAUCGACUGCAAAGACCGUGGGGAAAAAGGAGAAGAAUUUCAGUUCCUUCUUCACUCUAUCUUUUUGUGUGUCCAAAUGGGGGAACCAAACCAGGGAAAGACUUCGCAAGCCAACCUUCCCAAGCAAACCGAUGGAAAACCAGGAAGUCUCAUGCUGACAUUCUCGUCUAAGAAUCCCAAGCACACCCAAUUUGCCAAUACUAAACCAAAACUAGACCUCAGUCUCGGACUCUCUUUGGGUGGAGUUCACCGUGAAUACUUCAAAGAAAAUCCUGUAAUCCGGUCAUCCUCGAACGCUGGAAUGAUAACCGAGAAGGUAAACACCGGUGAACCCAACUCGGCCAUGCAGGGAGUCUUUUUUUCGUCUCAGAGAUCUUGCUCGCUGCCUGUGGAGAAUAAGCAAAGGGAGAUUAUGAUCAAGGACUUGCCGGCAAAGAAGAGAAUGGAGGCCCAGAGGAGUCUGGUGGAAAAGCAGAGGAAAGGCGGCAUGGCAGCCAUCGAGGAAGAAAACCCUUCAGGUGAGACGGCGGUUCCACCGUCUGACGUGGCUGCUUGGGCAGUGGCUUCUGCGGCGAGGAGCCCUGCACUUUGUCGUGCCAUUGGAAAGAUCAAAGCCGAGGGACAAAUAUAUGGGAAGCUACAACUCAAGGAUUCUCUUUUCUGCUUUAUUGCUUAUAUGUUUUUGCAUAAAUUCCAAGACGGACUGGAAGCUGUGGCUGCAGCAAAGGUUGAUACCAGUUCUUUGUCAUUGCCCAAUCCAAUGGAAACUAAGCCUGUGUUUAUUCCUGAAGCAACAGAAAAGGGAAAAUCAGUGAAACUUUCUAAGCGUAAGCUUGAGAAACCGUCCAAGAAGGUUAAAGUUUCUAAAGGCUGCUUUCAAGACAAUGGGAUGGAUGUGAUGAAACAGAUGCCUAGUGUGACUACCACUGGAGAUGGCCCAAACGGUAAGAGAAUUGAAGGGUUUUUAUACAGGUAUACGAAAAGUCAAGUAAGCAUAGUCUGUGUUUGCCAUGGCAGCUCUCUCUCUCCAGCCGAAUUCGUCAAGCAUGCCGGUGGAAAGGAUGUCAAAAACCCACUAAAGCAGAUCACUGUCUUCCCCGGCUUCUAGUCCUUUUAUAUAGUUACUGGCGGUGGCUUUUGUCACCCAUUUUGAAAUGUUUCCAAAUGAACAACAUGAACUGAGUAAUAAUCUUUUAUGUUUUACCUUUCGUUUCUCCUCUUUAGUUUGGUUAAAUGAAACUUUUAAGUCCUUAUAAAAUGGAACCCAAUCUUUUUAUUUUC